AUGAAGAAUAAGAGAAGACUGAACGAAUUAAGUGUUAGGCUUAAAUUUGGGUUCUUUUUCAAUGGGUAUACAGCUUCGUGCUACUAUUGGGAAUUCAUUAUUUUGUAUCGAAAAUUAUUGAUUAUCUGCUGCUCAGUAUUUCUGGCUAAUAUUUCAGUCAGUAUUCAAGCGCUUACAGUAGCGAUCGUACUUGCAACCAGCCUUCAUCUGCAGUACAGGUAUAGUCUAAGCUCUUUUUUAGCUCAGCUACAUCCGAUGCUUUCUUUUGGCUCAGAAUUGGCUUGAUUACUUUUUGACUGCAAACCAAAUAUCUAUCAGUAA